AUGCUGUCAUUACAAGUCACCACAAUUAGCUUGCAGAACCAAGACAUGCAAAUGAAGCACCAGAAGGAAUUAGAUACCCUGCGGAAAGAAUCGUUUAAGCAGAUAAGUACCUACACGAGCAACCUUGCUCUCUUGAACUCUUCAGAUAUGACCGCGGGCGAUCCGUUUGCUCGAGAGUUCUCCGUCCACGACUUAGACUGCUUUUCGUUAGAGCAAGCUAUCUCAAUCUACAUCCCUUCUGCUUCAAAAGGCCGGCUAGGCAUUGUCUGGCAUGAUGGUUUAAGACAACUAGGUGAGGAGUUAAAAUGGCCAUGGCAGACUAGUAGCAGCCGUACGAACUCUUUUCUGAAAUAUCUACCAAAACCGCUGCACAACCCCGGGGUCUCCUCCGACAGCAGAAGGAGAACACUCAGAAACCAACCCCAAUCUACCGAGCCGUCAACAAGGGCCGACUUUGUCUUGGCAGACUACGACCGACAUAUCGAUCUAUCGCGUGCAGUCCACGAUCCCUUAUACGCCUUGAGCCCGUUCUUCAAUUUGGCAGUUUCGUCUGAAAUGGCAGUCCUAGAUAUUCUUGACACCAAGAUUAGAGAGGAACUCAAUUAUUCUCAUCUAAUUGGCAAUAACAAUCCGACUCUGUCAAACCUGCUCUAUCAUCAGCAAGUCCUCGGGCGCCACAUUCGAAACCUCAAAGGAACUAUCGGUGCCAUCGAGUCGCUAUAUGAGCGGAGCAUACCAGGAAACACGCCAAAUAGCGAUGUAAGGACGCCCCCUACACGGGAGGUCGAGUCGAUUCUGGGAGAUUACCGCGCGGCACUUACAUACGCGGAAACCCUAGCUGCCGAGUGUGUACAGGGGAUGACCAUCACAGCUCACAGUGCGACUAUCCGCGAGUCCGAAAAGGCCGUGGUCGAAGCCCAAAGCGUGACAAGGCUCACUAAAUUAGCCGUCUUCUUUGUGCCUCUAUCGUUUGUGGCUUCGUUGUUUGGUAUGAACGUGCGUGAGGUCAACCCUGGCAGCACUCCACCAUUUUGGUCAUGGGCUGUGGCAUCUCUUGCCGUAGGAGCUAUUACCUGGGCACUGUUCAGGCAUGAUGAGAUAGGAGAGUUAACCGGGAGAGCUUGGAAGAGAUGUACCGGGAGGAUGUAUAGACGGCGUGCAGGAAGCGACAGCCUAGGACCAGAUCCCAGGGUCUAA